UUGGGAUAUCUAGCUGGAGCUUGCAUAAGAGAAACCUCCAGGAUAGCCUCUCAACUCUAUUUGAGAUCUCUUAGCCACUGUAAUCUUAUUUUGUUACCUUUCUUUUUCCCCCUUUUGGUAAAGUAGGCAUGCUUAAUCCCUCACUGCCGGGGCCAGGCUUAUUCCUGGGAGUCAUGUCCAUGGGCCUUUUAGUCCAUAUUUGCACACUUGUCCAAUUUAUCUUUCCAGCAUAAAUUCAUAGAAUUGAUAGAUGGAGACUCAGUAGGUCAGAGGGUACAAAGAUUUUAACAUCUACUUAUAAAUUAUUCCUACUCAAAGGACAUUUGAGUAAUGACUCUCCCAUGUAUGGUAGUAAUUGAAAAUUGUUUUAAAGCUUUUCCAUAACUUUUGCUAAAGAAAUUAAAGGUUAUUAUGUAUAGAUCAGCACUUUUUUUUUUAGUCCGGAGUUCUGGAAGAUAGUUAUUAUAGUUGAAGAUAAAUUAGCCAGUCCCCUCUGCCCCUUAUUCUUAGAUACUUGCAAUUCUCUGUACUCCUUGUAACACUUACAUAUGAUUAUUACAGAACUUUUUGUUAGGUUUUAUAGAAAAUGUUAAAUACAUAUAUGUGUAUUUGUGUGUAUAUAUGUAUGUAUGUAUGUAUUUUUAUGCUCCUGGAAAUGAAAAUAGAUAUUUAGUCUAUAUGUUGAUAUUUUGUAAUAAUUCAUAUAUAGUUAGUCCUUUUUCAUAUUUCAGACCAUGUAACAUUAUUUUAUUUAAUGUGCAUAGCCCCUCUGUAAAAUUCUGAUAACUAUACCUAUUUUGUAUAUAAGAAUCUGUGACUUAAGGAAAAAAUUAUUUGCUCAAAGUCAAACCAAUAAGUAUCAGAAUUCUCAUUGUCUUUGAGAUUAAAUACCAUCUGACUAUAGACUAUAACUUUGCAGCUGUUUUAAGUUAUAUUUGUACCAGGCAACAGAAUACUAUAUGUAUUUAUCUUAUGUUUUAUUAUUUAGCCAUUAUUUAUAUUUAUUUAAUAAUGGUUCAAAGAGUUUUAGUGCUACACUACGUGAAAAAUCUCAUUGCUUUUAAAUCUAGGUUUUCUUUCUUUCACAAUAUAUUUUUGAGUAUAUGGAGAUAAAUUAUGAGGAGUACAUAGGAGGGCAUCUCUUCUGCCUUGACGAUCAGGUAAAGCUUCCCUUUAGUUGACUUCUAAGCUGAAUUCUGAAGAAAAAGCAAUUCAGUAUUGCUGUAGAUUAGGUAUCUUGGAUUAGAGGAAGGGCAAAACAGGAAGAUAAAUGUCCUUGUAUGCCCAACUCAUCAGUUCGUAUUUUAUUCUGAAGGUUUGAGAGACUUAACAGGAAGUGAUUUGAUCAGAUAUGCAAUUUAGAAAGAUCACCCCAGCUGCCUGAGGAAGAUGGAUUGGAGGAGAGCAAGACCAGGCACAGAUAGAUACUUUAGGGGAUGCUUUAACAAUAGAAAUGGAAAAAUGUUUGCAUUUGAAAGACAGUGAAUAGGUAGAAUUGAUAUAAGAUAGAUGAGAUAAAGGUGGGUGAGAAAGGAAAGGGGUAAUCAAAUUGCUUGCCAGGUUUCUGACUUGGGUAUUUGGAUAAAGAGCAGUAUCAGUCACUGGGUUGGGGAACCCAGGAAGGUAAGUUGAGUAGUUGAAUUUUGGGAGUGUUCAGUUUAAGGCUACUAAGAAGUUAUGUCCUGCAGGCCAGUUGAAUACGUAAAGGUUUUGAGCUCAAGGGAGAAAAACUAGGCUGGAGCUGUCACUUUAGGAUGUAUCUAUGGAGAUUGUAUGUGAGCCAUGUAAGGAGGUGGGUUGUAGAAAUGCCUGGAACAUACAGUUGCAUGAUUUUUUGAGAAAUUACUCAUGGAAAAUGCUGUCAUUCACUGUUCCUGAAUUUCUUAACCAUUUCAUAUAAAAUUGGCAACAAAGUAGAACAGUGUCAUCUUUCUAAGUAGGGCUUUAAUCUAGGUGUCAAUAUAUGUAAUUGUUUUAAAAACUAUGAGGGCAUUCAAAGAGGUAAAUUAACUGCUUGUUCAAGUACUUUCUGGUGUAUUUCAUCAACAUAGGGAGUUUUAUUUAAUAACUGUAUGCUAAGACAUGGUUAUAAAUAAAAAUAGAAAAUAUGAACAAUUUGAAAUACUUAUGAAGUAAAUUCAGUAUCUGAGAUGAAGUAUUUAAAGCUCACUGGGCUCUGCUGCUCUGUCCGCUGCGUGCGUGGAAGAUGGCUGCUGCUGCGGGAAGGUUGCUCCGGGCUUCGGUUACCCGACAUGUGAGCGCUGUUCCUUGGGGCGUUUCAGCCGCUGCCACCCUUAGACCUGCUGUUUUUGGAAGAAAGUGCUUGGCAAACGUAGUGUGGUCUGGUUAUGGACAAGCAAAAUUUGCCUUCAGCACCAGUUCCUCAAACUGCGUUCCUGCUGUCACCCAGCAUGCGCCCUAUUUUAAGAGUACAGCUGUUGUCAACGGAGAGUUCAAAGAACUAAGCCUUGAUGACUUUAAAGGGAAAUAUUUGGUGCUUUUCUUCUAUCCUUUGGAUUUCACCUUUGUGUGUCCUACAGAAAUUGUUGCUUUUAGUGACAAAGCCAAUGAAUUUCAUGAUGUGAACUGUGAAGUUGUCGCUGUUUCGGUGGAUUCCCACUUUAGCCAUCUUGCCUGGAUAAAUACACCAAGGAAGAACGGCGGAUUGGGCCACAUGAACAUCGCACUCUUGUCAGAUUUAACUAAACAAAUAUCCCGAGACUAUGGUGUGCUCUUAGAAGGUGCUGGGCUUGCACUAAGAGGUCUCUUCAUAAUUGACCCCAAUGGAGUCAUCAAGCAUUUGAGUGUCAGUGAUCUCCCAGUGGGCCGAAGCGUGGAAGAGACCCUCCGCUUGGUGAAGGCAUUCCAGUUUGUGGAGACCCAUGGAGAAGUCUGCCCGGCAAACUGGACACCAGAUUCUCCUACAAUCAAGCCAAAUCCGACCGCUUCCAAAGAAUACUUUGAGAAAGUGAAUCAGUAGAUCACCCUGUGAAGACCUGCAACUUCUUACUUUUCACACCAGAGAACCACAAAUUGGAACCCACUUAGCAUUUCAAAGAUGAUUGUUUAUAGAAAGCAGGAAAAAACUAUUAUGCUUAUGUUCAUAAAUAUUGCUCUAAAUAUGUUUUUGUAACAUUGGCGAAGGCUUUUUAAACUUGAUUAGUUGCUAAUCUAAGGAGUCCUUUAUUUGUAACAUCCUAAUGACUGGCUCUUUUCUGUAGAAUGCCUGUUUCACCCACUUCUUGGAUCAUGUCUUCCGUGGGAAAAGGAAACACUCUUCUUUCUUAGCCUUACUUGAACCUUUGUAUACACCAAAGUAGUACAGCAGACCUUUAAAGCUUCUGAUCAAGUAUCCUGAAAUUUACUUCUUUAAUUUCUUUGUAUUAAACUGAAUUUUCUUUUAAGAUAUCAAAGAUCAUAGUUUCACAUUUUUAGCAUCAGCUGUCUAAUUUAACUUCUGCAGUGGAUGUAUAUGUGAUUGAAACAAAUAUAAAUUGCAUUUAAAAACACUUACGGUAGCAAAGUGAUAUGUACCCAAUCAUGCAUGUUCCUAACCGAGCUUUGUAGUUUACAGAGUUAUUUUACUUUUUUUAUUUGUUAGUUGAAUUAGUGUCUAUACAUUUCUGGAUAUCGAUUGGGUGUGAUUAUUAAAGAUAUUUAUUGAGUCCAGGGGUUGCAUUUUGAAAUUAUUACAAUUUCUUUCUUGACAUGUUCCAUGGGAAGUAUAUAAUAAAAAAUAAACAUAUUUUAAAAUAUAAAAAAAAAAAAAAAAAAAAAAAGCUCACU